CACGUGCAUAUUUGUGGAGCUGCUGACUUCGCUCAAGUUGCCUUGUGUGUCUUCGGAAUACUUUUUCUGCGACUGUCUGUGCCAUUCGGUGUCGGAUCGCUGUCAGGGCUCGUCGUAGACACGCCGUGGGAGGACUUGCACAACUAGCAGCGGGAACCAGAGAGCGAGGGAAGGAAAAGGCAGGCCUGAACCAUGGGUCUCCCGCCGCUUGAGUACAUCGACUGCUACCUGGACUCCCCGAGUUUUCGCGACACCAUAGCCCUGUACGAGAAGGAGCUGGAGGAGAACGCGGUCCACGUCAAGAGCCUGGUGAAGGAGUGUCGUCACAUGAUACAAGCAACGGAGGAGUUCUCAAAGGCACAACACUCAUUCGCGACAGCUCUCAGUAACUUCAAGUUCGAGAGCAUCGGUGGAGAAACUGAGGCUGAGAAGAUGAUCAUGAACUCUCUGCAGACGUUUGCUCAGCUAUUACUAACCAUUGAGGACUACCGGCACAGUAUGCUAAGCACGAUUUCGGUUCGACUGCUUCAGAAUCUCGAAAGAUUCCGCAAAGAGCACAUUCAGAGCACAAAGGAAGAGAAGAAACAGUUUGAUCGAUCGUCGGAAAAGUACUACCAAUCACUGGAGAAGAAGCUCGGGAUGAGCAACAAGAAGAAGGAAUCGGCCUUGAACGAGCACGACCAGCACUUGGAGAUAGAGCACGCAGGAUUCAGACAAGCUUCGUUCAAUUACGUCUGCAAACUUCAACAAGUCCACGCCAUGAAACAAUACGAGCUCAUCGAACCGAUCAUUGGCUACAUAAGUGACGUCAGUACCUUCCUCCACCAGGCAUACGACAACAUAUGCGCCCUCAAACCAGAACUACGCGCCGUACAGUUCAAAGUUCAGAUUUUGCGAGAGACGCAACUAGAAGAACAGCAGAAACAAUACGAGUUGAAAGCGCAAGUCAUAGAGGUAAGUCUAUACCAUACAGUACACACACUACCAUAUUAUGGGGAUGAACAUUUUCACAAAGCAUAACGACACAUUGGUACCAUUGUUGCAGUGGAUCAGGCAUCCAUGCAAGCCUAAUCUCUCCCGUACUAGAAUCGUCAAAGAUGUCUCCAUCUAUACUAGGGAGUAUGUCAUCACGUGAGAGGAAAUAAAUUGCCCAUGGAAACAAUUACAUUAUUGUGGCUUAUGCAACGUGUCUAUUAGACACGAUAAGUGCCUGACAUUGUAUGCACCCGUAGGUGCUCCAGGCAAAUGCUCAUCUGUUAUGACACACACUCGCUCUUUGAUGUGUAUGUUGUAUACA